AUGAGCAACGUCUCUUUUGGGUACGGCAGUGCCGAUGCCACCAAUAUCAUCCAGGCCGCUAGCCCCAAUUUCUACAACUUCGGUCUUAAGGCAGGUUUCUCCGUCCUGGUCGUCAUCUGCGCACAGCUUUUGGGCUUCGGAGUUGCUGGACUGGCUGCGCCGUGGCUCGUAGAGCCUGCCAGCAUCAUCUGGCCAGCAGUUCUCUCCAACUGCGCCAUGCUGGAAACUCUUCAUUCGCGGGCCAACUCGGUUGCAGACGGGUGGAAGAUUUCUCGAUUACGUUUCUUCCUCUGUGUCACGACUAUGGGGUUCGUGUGGUACUUUUUCCCCGGUCUGAUAUUCACAGCACUUUCGUACUUCACCUGGAUCUGCUGGAUCGUGCCCAACAAUGUGGUUGUCAAUCAGCUGUUCGGGAUGCAGACCGGACUCGGGCUGAGUCCCAUCACGUUUGAUUGGAGUCAGGUGGCUUACAACACAAACCCCCUUCUGUCCCCGUCUUGGGCUGCCGUGAACUUUUUCGCCGGCUUUGCCGUCUUCUUCUGGCUCGUCGUCCCGAUUCUAUACUACACCAAUACAUGGUACACGGCGUAUCUUCCUAUGAUGACUGCAGAUGUCUACGACCGUACUGCCGCGGUCUACAAUACAACCCGUGUUGUCAGUCCGCAGAACAGUCUAGACAUCGACGCAUACAGGCAGUACUCGCCUCCAUAUCUCGGUGCCACCUUCGCGUUCGUCUACGGACUAGCCUUUGCAUCUAUCACAUCGGUGCUGACGCACAUCGCCGUGUGGCACAAGGACGACAUCUGGGCAGCCCUCCGAGGGAAUAAUAGGCUAGACAUCCACGCUCGGCUCAUGAGAACCUACAAACGGACUCCCUGGUACUGGUACGCCGCCGUCAUCGUAGUCAUGACCGCCAUCGCCAUCAUGCUAGCCGAGGUCUACGAGACAAAACUCCCUGUCUACGGUGUGUUCCUCGCUCUCGUCGUCCCCACCAUCUACAUGGUCCCCUGCGGCAUCGUCCAGGGCAUCACCAACGUCGAUGCGAACCAGCUCAACGUCCUCAGCGAGUUCAUCGGCGGCUACAUGUUCGAAGGCAAGCCGCUAGCAAACAUGCUCUUCAAGAUCCUCAGCACCGACGUCGUCGGCCAAGGCGUCUACUUCGCCAUGGACAUGAAGCUCGGCCACUACCUCAAGAUCCCGCCGCGCCUGCUCUUCGUCGCCCAGGGCACCGCCACCAUCCUCGGCGCCCUAACCCAGGUCGGCGUCACCCUGUGGAUGCUCGGUAACAUCGACGACAUCUGCACCCAGGACCAGCCGGACGGCUUCUCCUGCCCCAACGGUCGGACCGUCUAUUCCUCCUCCGUCAUCUGGGGUCUCGUCGGUCCACGCCGUCUCUACUCAGCGGGUCAGAUCUACUCGUCGCUCCUGCACUUCUUCUGGAUUGGCGCCCUCGCCCCAAUAGUCACAUACCUCCUCUACAAGUACACGAAACGCGGCAUCUUCAAAUCCAUCAAUUGGCCGCUGAUCUUCGUGGGCACGUGGAACGUUCCUCCAGCAACCGGAAUCAACUACUCAAGUUGGGCGCUCGUCAACUUCGCCUUCAAUCAUGUCAUCAAGCGCCGGUUCUUUGCCUGGUGGACGAAAUAUAACUACGUCCUCGCGGCGGCUCUGGAUACUGGUUUGGCGCUCAGUGGAAUUGUCAUCUUCUUCUGUAUCUCGUACCCAGGCGCCGUGUUUCCAAACUGGUGGGGGAAUACGGUGUAUCUCAACACGGCGGAUGCGCAGGGCGUAGCGUGGAAACCGGUGCCGGAUGUUGGUUAUUUUGGCCCUCCGAAUGGAACAUGGACUUGA